AUGCCUGUAGGGAUCGAAGCGUGGGUUACCCAGAUUCCACCCGUUACUCGAACAUGGCUCAUUCUGGCUGUCCUGACGAGCUUGGCCGUCCAAUGCCAGCUCGUCACACCUUUGCAACUAUACUUCAGCUUUAAGGCAGUAUUUACCAACGCGCAGCCAUGGAGGGUGUUGACAACGUUCUUUUACUUCGGUACGAUAUCUCUGGAUUUCGUAUUCCACAUGUUCUUCUUUAUGCGAUAUAGCCGGAUGUUGGAGGAGUCGUCCUUCGCGAAUCGCAAAGCAGACUACUUCUGGUUGUUAUUCCUGUCCUCGAUCAUGCUUCUCGCGUUAUCACCACUCGUGAAUUUGCCAUUCCUGUCUUCUCCGCUCGCAUUUGUCCCCAUAUACAUGUGGUCGCGCCGGCAUCCAUCAACUCCGAUAUCUCUCUUCGGUCUGGUCACAAUUACGGCCCCUUACUUGCCUCUCGCUUUGGUUGGCAUUGCUUGGGCACUGAACGGGACUUGGAGAGCUGCAGCAGGUGAUCUGCUGGGUUGUGCAGUGGGUCAUAUCAGUUGGUUUGUCAGGGACGUCUGGACUCGGGAAAUGGUAGGUGGGCAUACUAUUCUGAGUGAAGCGCCAGAUGCCUUGAAGCGAUUGUUUGGGGAUAUCUAG